ACCAACUAAAUCCAACUAAAUCCAACCUUGAAGCAACCCAAUUCGUGUUUCAGGGGUUUGAUCGAUAAGGGAACAUUUUAAAAACUGUUGAAAUUGGAAAAUAUUCUAGAUUGCAGAUUGCAGAUUACCAUUUGCCAUUUGCCAUUCGCCGUUUGGACAAGUUGCGCUGCCUCGUGUCCGCCCACACCCCCUUUUCCACAUUAUCCUAUCUUUAACGACUCUCAUAUCCCGGCAUUGAUCCUCGCACCCGUCCGCUUUAGACUUUUUCGCAUGUCAAGCUGAUUCCUUGUUGGCUUGUUUUUCUUUUUCCUGGGUUUCCUUUUUUAAUUUUUUUUCUCUAAUUUUUUUAACCUUUUCUUUCACUCUUUCAGUACCAAUUAAUUCCCCGAUAUUUCUUGGGGAUGCGUCGAAUGUAAAAGGUUAUGAGGAGAACAUCAGUUUCAUUGCCUACGAAGCAAGUUAGACACGACCCUCACGAAAAACCUGCACGUUACGACUCGGGCCACCGAGAACUCGGCAUCGUGGAGAAAUUACAGGCGACCAUGAAUCAGGCCCAAAAGACGCGAUGGCUGAAGACCACGGCCAUCGUGGUCUUUCUGGUGUUCCUGUUCUAUUACAUUUCGCCAAGGGGUGUAGAAGUAUAUAAGGGUGUAUCAAAUUCUGGCGGCCAGGUGCCGUCCGAUUCAUCGUAUGGAACUUCGAAAUGCACGAAAUCGUUUUCUAAGGACAAGCCGAUUGUACAAUAUGUUCUCAUGAUUGACGCUGGUAGCACUGGAUCUCGUAUCCACGUGUAUAAGUUCAACAACUGCGGCCCGACCCCUGAGUUGGAGAAGGAAGAGUUCAAGAUGACCGAGAAGAGCGUUGGCGGCCUCAGCAAGUACAAGGACGACCCUGUUGCCGCCGCGAAGACCUUGGAUAGCCUCAUGGAGGUCGCGAUGCAGACCGUUCCCGAUAAGUUGAAGGGGUGCAGUCCGGUUGCCGUAAAGGCUACCGCUGGUCUGCGAAUGAUUGGCCAGGAGGCUAGUGCGCGAAUUCUUGAGACCGUACGAGACCACCUCGAGAAGGACUACCCUUUCCCCGUCGUUUCCAAAGAGGAGAAUGGUGUUGCGAUCAUGGACGGCUCUGACGAGGGUGUAUACGCCUGGAUUACCACCAACUACCUUCUAGGCAAGAUUGGCGGUCCCGACGAGAGCCCAACCGCUGCUAUCUUCGAUCUUGGUGGUGGUUCUACCCAGAUCGUCUUCGAGCCUACGUUUAAGGGACUUGCUUCUGGUGGCAUGCCCGAAAAGCUGGCUGAAGGCGACCACAAGUAUGAGCUUUCCUUCGGUGGACGAAAUUUCGAGCUCUACCAGCAUUCUCACCUAGGAUAUGGAUUGAUGGCCGCCCGCAAUUCUAUUCACUUGAGUUUGUUGCAUGAUAUCUACAAGAAAGAGAAGAGCAAAGCCUUCUUAGAGAAGCCCAUUCUCAACCACCCCUGCAUCAACGCGGGCCAGGCUGAUAAGAUUACGGUCAAACUUGGCGAUGACAGUCCCCUAGGCACCGGCGAGUUGGAGUUGAACGUGACCGGCCCGAUGAACCCUGCUCCGGCACAGUGUCGUGCUCUAGCUGAGAGAAUUCUGUACAAGGACGCCGAAUGCAAGCUCGCUCCCUGCUCCUUCAACGGCGUCCACCAACCCCCUCUAGCCAAGACCUUCGCUAAGGAGGAUGUCUACAUCUUCUCUUUCUUCUACGACCGUACUAAGCCUCUUGGAAUGCCCGACUCGUUCACCCUCCGGGAACUGCACGACCUCACUAAUGCUGUGUGCGGCGGCGAGGAUUCGUGGGGCGCAUUUUCCAAUAUCCCAGAGGCCCUGGAGGAGCUACGCGACCGUGGCGAGUACUGCUUGGACCUUAACUUCAUGAUGGGACUGCUUCAUACCGGCUACGAAAUGCCCAUCGAUCGGGAGGUCAAGAUCGCCAAGAAGAUCAAGGGCAACGAGUUGGGCUGGUGUUUGGGAGCUAGUUUGCCCUUAUUAGCAAAGAACUCCGGCUGGUCCUGCAAGAUCACCCAGACCUUUUAAUCAAACUACACGUUAUUUGGGAACGUAGCAAUUAGAAAUGCUUAGAGAUAAUUAAUGACGAGGAGGCACGGACACGGUGGGAUAACCCCAGGUAGUUGCCCUACGAGGCCGGCGUUUUUUUUAUUUUUCGGAUCUGGUUGUAAACGUGCCGUACGAAGAAGUAUGGCGCCGGCAUUUCCGGCAUGGACGAAGAAUAAAGCCUAGGUAGGAA